AUGUCGCCGCAUCUGAAAUUCAUUCUCCACCGUUUUUUUUUGCACUAUCACCGCUAUGUAUUCCCACCCUACAUCCAAGGCAAGCAUUCCGCCACAUACUACGCCGCUAUGGUCGGGUCAAUCUACACUCUCCAUACAUUCAACUGGGUUAGUCGGACUUGGCACAUUACAUCAGCAAAAUUUCACUCGGCUCAAUCUCGGCUCAACACUGCUCACGAUUGCACCGCCUCUGCUCACGGCCUGCUCAGUCCUCGCUCAAGGUUCGCUCAGUCACGUUCAGAGUCCCGAUUAUGGGCCAUCCCUGGAACAAGCAUCGGCCAUGAAUAUAAGUUGUCAAGUUUACACGAACGCUUUGGGGUCCCAGUUUCGGGACCGUCAAGACUCCCUCAAUGCCUCGUCUUGUUCGAUGGGACAUAUAUUUGCAUCUUUCAACGCGUCCAUGUGGUUUUUCUUCAAGAAUCGCCACUUUUCGUCUCCGACCAGAACUUCCCGGCUCUCUCCUUCAGUCCAUUCAAGAUGGCUCCUUCGGGGACCAUUCUAUAUCAUGGCAUGGAAAUAUCCGAGCGCGAGCGAGAUUUUCUCGAGCGUAGUAUCGCGGGAAUAUCAAAUGUUGAUGGAUCCAAAGUUAAGGAGAAACAAGGACAGUACAAGCCGUCCAAAGGCGUGAAAGGUAACCAAACCAGGAUGGGACGUCGUUGGAUGCUUCCAGCUGACUUGAGUAGUUAUGUAGCAACGCAUCCCGGGGCAUCGGUGAACUCUCUAUCGAGCCUUGAAGGAUUUAUGCUUGGGGUUGGAACCGCAACUGUUGGCAGGAAGGGUGAUGACUACUACUUCAAACAACUCAGCGAAGAGGAAAAGAUGAAUCACCCAAUCUCUGUGGAGCAUAGAGAGCAUAUGACCCAAUACAACAAGCAAUUUCUACGCGUUGUCGCAAAUUUAAGAGACUCUGUAAGGGAAUCCAAGUUUGCUAGUAAUUUUCAUUAUGGAAUCCUAGCACUUAAGGCGAUGAUAAUUCAUUGGACACUGUCUUUGAUCUCCUUCUUUGGCUCCCAUAGAAUUGGUGAUCUAGCCAAAUCGUCUGCACGAGAGGAUUCCGAGAGAGAAAAAAGAGGCUCACAUUUCAAGGUCUUGCAUGGGCUCAGGAGGGGGCAUAUGGCAAACGACUCGACAAGGGAGCAAGAUCCAAACAAAAGCUCUGAGCUGACUAUAUUUAUCUCAGCUAGCUCAGACGUGAGGAGAGAACCGAGGACGCACAAACCAUGCAUAUUGCUACUCCAAAUAGAGUAUGGCCUGGGGGUUAGCGGUUUCUGA